AUGGUCAACGUUGCCAUUGCGGGCGGAACAGGUGCUGUUGGGCGUACCCUUCUGGAGGUGAUGGCUUCACAGACCCGACAUCGUGCGUUCGCCCUCACACGAAGAGAGCCCACCGAAGAUGAGCAGCUGCUUGCCCCAACAUUCCAAGUCAACUAUGAGGACAUCAAUUCGCUCACGUUAUUCCUCGAAGAACACAACAUCCACACUGUCAUCAGCGCCUUCGGCAUCAACGCUACUUCCCUCGCAACAUCGCAGCUGAAUCUCAUCAAAGCUGCUGAUGCAUCGUCUGUCACUAAGAGAUUCAUUCCUAGCUCCUUUGCCAUCCCUUAUCCGGAAGAAGAUGUCUCUAUUCUGCCACCCCUUGAACACUACUUUGCUUCUUUCAAAGCCCUGGAGAACUCUAACCUCGAAUGGGCCCCCGUCUAUAAUGGGACAUUCCUAGAAUACAUCUCACCUCCAACAUUGAAGUCGUACCACCCGCACAGUGUGCUGGUACUUGAUGUGGAGAACAAUGCUGCUGCGAUCCCCGGAAAUGGCAACACGCCAGUUACUUUCACGUACACCUUUGAUAUCGCACGAUUCGUGGUUGCCGCGCUCGAUCUCGAAAAGUGGCCCCGGGAGCUCCGCAUUGUCGGUGACGAACUGACCUUCAAUGAAUUAUUGAAGCUUACGGAGGAGGUAAAGGGGGUUAAAUUCGACGUCGUCUACGAUGAUAUCGACAAGCUGAAGGCAUCACAAAUUACGGAGCUACCGGGUCAUGUCAAGUCGUAUAACAAGUUUCCUAAGGACAGGCUUCAGUGGUUCUUGGCUAUUUUUGAAACUUGGAUGGCUAUGGGUCAGGCGCGGAUUGCUAGGGAGGGAAGUUUGAAUGAGAUAUUCCCGGAUAUUAAGCCUCUUACUGCUAAGCAGGUGAUGGAACAGUAUUGGAAGUCUGUGAAGGGUUAGUGCUAAUUGAAGAGCUUUCCACUGCUCUAUUGAGAGGUUUAAC